CUGAUUACAAAACGUCGACCCGACGACAGCGACACCGGAGCGAACGGCCAAAAAAAUCUGCCGAAACGUCCAGCGACUUGUGAAUGUGAAUGGAGAUUUUGUGAACAGUUUUUAGUGAAAAAAUAAGCUAUGAAAUUCAUAUCUUUGUCUAAAAAGUGUUCAAUUUAUUUGUGUUUGUGAUUAGUUUGGAUAAACCUUGCAUCUGUUACACCUGGACCUGGAUGUUUUAUGAGUGAAGUGAAAAGGACCAAGAUUGUUACUCCUAAUCAAACCACAAAGUGUGAUAUUAGUGAUAGUAAAAGGAUCAGUAACAAGGAAACAAAUCGUAACAAUGCAGGCGAUUAAAUGUGUUGUUGUUGGGGACGGAGCCGUCGGUAAAACAUGUCUUCUCAUCAGUUAUACGACAAACGCCUUCCCCGGAGAAUACAUCCCUACAGUAUUCGACAACUACUCGGCGAACGUGAUGGUGGACGGCAAGCCGAUCAACCUGGGGCUGUGGGACACGGCGGGGCAGGAGGACUACGACCGGCUGCGCCCGCUGUCCUACCCGCAGACCGACGUCUUCCUCAUAUGCUUCUCGCUCGUCAACCCCGCCUCCUUCGAGAAUGUGCGGGCUAAGUGGUACCCGGAGGUGCGGCACCACUGCCCGUCGACGCCCAUCAUCCUGGUGGGCACCAAGCUGGACCUGCGCGAGGACAAGGACACCAUCGAGAAGCUCAAGGACAAGAAGCUGGUGCCCAUCACCUACCCACAGGGCCUCGGCAUGUCGAAGGAGAUCAACGCGGUGCGCUACCUCGAGUGCUCGGCGCUCACGCAGAAGGGGCUCAAGAACGUGUUCGACGAGGCCAUCCGCGCCGUGCUGUGCCCCGUGCAGCCCAUCAAGCCGAGGCGGAAGUGCACGCUGCUGUAAAAGUGGCGAUAAGCACACAGAUAAGGCUCGGUCCCUCCAGCCAGUGUAAAAAGCAUAGCUUCCCCCCCGCGCACCGACCACCUUCCAUCGAGAGGAUUACACGAAAAUGUGUGCUGUAAAAUAUGGACUGCAAUAUAAAAAGCGCAUACAUAGAUGUUAAUCUUACUGUUAAUAAGCAUUAAUCUAUGUGCAUUUGUGUGAGUGAACUCUGUUCUACAUUCGUGUAUGUAUUCUACGCUUCUUUAAACGUAUAUCUGGGUGCUUCAUCAAUCUUUGCUUGUUUAAAAAGUUACAUUCCUAUUGUUGCGAAAUAGUUGUCAAAAUCAUUCGAUUACUUCUUACUUGUUUUUAUCGAUUAUUUUAUCCGAUAUUCGUUCGAAAAUGGAAUUGUUGAAAUUUAUGUUAGGCAGAGAUUAUAUUUUUCGAUUUUUAUUAUCCUAAUCGUAAUGUUUAUUUCUGAUUGUUGUAUUUCAAUGUAGUCCUCAAUAAGUAGGUUACGCAAUUUGUUUAAAAUGCAAUUAAUCGUAAUUAUAUAACACAUAUAAAUAAACCUCCGAUGUUAAUUCUAGCUUGAAUGUAGUGUCAAUUUGUUAUUGUGGUUAUAAACACAUGUAAACCUGCUUAUUACUUAUAGACGCUUUAUGUUACUCCAACUUGCAGGUUGAAGGUUGUGGCUCACCUUCCAGUUGAU